CUUGCUUAUCAGAAACUCUUUUACGUACAUACAUACCUUUCCAUUCCGUCUCUUGAUUCUGUGUCUUUCUAUUUUGUAGCCGCCGACAUCACGUCUUCUGCAACAGCAAUACACCGUACGACAGCGCACAUCUAUGCGAAAGCCUUGAAAAUGCAUUGGAAACACAUUUGGACCGGUCUGAUGGCGGCGGUGGCAACAAUCCAGGCAUCCAGCAGUCAGCAGCUCGCAGUGGAGAAGAAGCUGAAGCAACGAUGCUCGGAUGUCAAAUGGUUAAGUGAAGUAAGAAAUGAUGAAGAAGGCAGAGCUGCAUUGGAGAUAUUUGCUGCCAGAGAAAGCGUUGCUUAUAUUUUUACUGCUAUUUUCACGAGCGUCUUUGUAUGCACACUGACACGCCAUUUUAUAAGCUGUCAAAGGAAGCGAAAGAACUCUGUGGCAGCAAAAGGGCAGCAAGCAAUGCUGCCGCGACGAAAAUCGCUGAUUGCAACAGUACCUUCUGCCACGUUGUUGCUAUCGAAGGUAACUGCAGUAGCUGCCGCAGCAGCAGCAACACAAAAAAUAAAUGGGGAGCAUGUAAUAGCGGCAUCUAAAAAACCAACUGCUUCAUCGCUGACAGUCAAACGGACAUCUAAAGAACGAAAAUCCUUUCAUAAUUGCGUUGGUAGAAAUUUGAAAUUAUUGUGUGUGCGACUGGUGGUGGGAUUGGCGCAAACGCCAUUGAUGGUGUUCAGGCAACUCGCGACAGCAAUGGCGAAUCCAUUACAAAAAUUGCCAUUGAUGAAAAAACGACAAGCACACAAGCAGCAACAGGAGCUGGAGUUCCAGCUGCAGCAGGGAGGCGAGGCAAUAUUGCGCAACGGAGCGCAUUUUCAGAGCAACUCACAUCAACAACUGUCGCUGACAGUUGCUGGCUGGAGCCCAUCACCUUCUUUGCCAACAACUUUAAAUGCAUUGACAUUUGACGCUUCGGGUGCCAGUGUUAGCACGCGUAGCGCAGUUGGUGACUGCUCAAAUAGUAGCAGCAGCAGCGGAGGUGGCGGCAGCAACAAUCCAGCAAUUGCCAAUUUCACUAAGCACCCGUCAAAGGAUCAAAUAUUAUUGAUGAUGAUUGCGCAACGUUUUGAUUGUCAACAUGUUUACGAAUUUUUUAUAGUAACGCGCGAUGUGAGGUCGCCGCAACAACAACAACAACAACAACAACAACAGCAGCAAAAGCAGAGGCAACAAAAAUUGCAACCAACGCUGGUUAAGGCAAAGGCGUUAACAGUUAAUUGGCAAAGUAACUGCGCUGCUCUGCAUCCCUACUGCGAGUGCUGAUGCCGGCCAGUGGUAAUUGUGUAUGAAUUACGCAACCUGAAAGGACAUAAAUAUAAUAAUAACAAUAAUAAUAAAUAGCUUAAUAUAAAAAUUUGGCUUGCAAGCAAAACAACAAAAGCUAAUUAAAUAUAAAUAAAAUAUAGAAUAUAAAUAGGAGGAGGGUAGAAAAUAAAGUUUGUUGCUUGUUCAAAAAUGGACCGAACGCAGCAUUUGUAUGUAAAUAUUUAAAUAACUAAAAAAUAAAUAAAGCAAAGUUGUGAAAAUAGAAUAAUUAUUAAUUAAUGCUGAGCAGAGAGUGCGCGAAAGAUUGACUAAAGCGUAGGCGUGUAGAUUUAAAUUGUUUAUGUAAAUCAAAUGAAACCAGCAAUAUAUACCAAAAUUAGUAGUAAUCAAAUACAUAUGUAUUAUAAAAUCAUAAUUUGUUAUGUAUUGUGUAUAUUUAGUAUAUUACAUGCAUACAUACGUACGUACAUACAUACCUGUUAUCUAACUUGCAGUGGUGAAAAUAUAAAUUUGUAAGAGACAUUUUAGCAUUUUUUGUGUACUUCCCUUUCGUUUUUUUUUUUAAUUAUCAUUCGCUUUUCAUGAAAGUGUAGCUCAUUAUCCAACAAAAACCAUGUAUAUCAAAAUUUCAAACUUUGUACAAAAAUUAGCACAAUUCAACGAAGCUUCCGCUUUCUAAUUAGAUUUCUUAGAAACCUUAUAAGUAUGCAGUUUUGUAGCCCAUUCCAUUUUAGUAAAAUAAAGUGUAAAUUUGAAGUAGUUAGGACCAAACGUUAAUUUUUGGCAUUUUUUUUUUUUUGUGGAAGCUGUUGGUCAAUUUCUCCA